AUGGAUUUCUACUUUGCUCUUCAAAACGAGGCUCAAAAGUUCCUGACAACUUUCCACAAGAAAUGUGCGCUUCGAGACCCAAACAUUUUGCACCGUGAUCUUCAAAUCAUCGAAAAUGGUCGAAUCAUAUUUGAUUACGGUGAGUUCAUUUUUCCCUACCAAUUUUUCGGCUGGAAAAUUCAUCUUCUCCUCGAGAACUACACAUUUUGGUGUGGAAAACUUUUUUUUGCUGAAAAUCAAUCAAUUUGUUCCAAAUUUUCAGCUGGAAUUGCGCAUUUGAUGCGAAACUUCAGUGGUGACGUGAGUUUAAGCCACUGGUCGAGAUUCUUCGCUUAUUCGAGUUUUUCCUUCGAAAAUUGGCAAUUUUUUUGGCAAAAGUGGGCAGUUCGACUAACUGAUCAAGGAAAUUUGGAAAUCACAUUUUUCGAUGGUCCGAAUUAUACGCCAAAAUAUAUUUACAUUUUGAAAGCGGAUCCAAAUGUUGAAGGAGGCCAUAAAUUGCUCAAAAUGAUCAUUUUUGAAUGA